GGCAAGAUGGCGGCCCCCAGGCGGUGGAACAGCGAGUAAGUGGCUCAUUGGUCUGGAGAGACGGACUUCAGGGGAUCUCCGUGGAGGGCUCUGUUGCAGAGUAUUCAGUUCCUUUGUCAGAGCCUGCGGGAAUGUGUUUGGACUGCACAGGAGCGGCUGAGGCCACUUCGGUGUGGAGAUUCCGGUCACGGCCCUCUCUACAUCGGCCGGCAGCGUAGGCUGAAACUACGUGAUUUCUCUUUGCUGACACGGGUGGUCCGAGAGCACGCGCGACCAUAGAGCCCUACGCGGAGUUGUGGGGCCCCACAGUGUACAAGACUUCUACGUCCUCGGUGGGAUUUAUUCUUAAAUAUCUUAUUCUUUUUGAUGCUAUUGAGUGAAUGAGAGGGAGUCCCUACACCGAAACAGUGCUGGAAAGAGCUGCACUGGGGAGGCUCUUGGAGUGUCAAGAUGUUGUCGAGACCAAAGCCAGGGGAGUCUGAAGUGGACCUGCUCCGAUUCCAGAGUCAGUUUCUCGCAGCUGGUGCAGCCCCAGCAGUACAAUUGGUGAAGAAAGGAAGUAGGAGAAGUGCCAAUGCUAACCUGGACCAGCCUCUGCUGCAGGAUCAUCGGGAUACAGUGAUGCUGGACAGUCUCCCAGAUUUGCCCCCAGCUUUGGUUCCUGCCCCCCCUAAAAGAGCCAAGCCUAGCCCUGGCCAUUCCCUGGCUGACAACGAGGACGCUGAGGAGAGGCUGAACAGGCAUGAUCAGCACAUCACUGCUGUCUUGACUAAGAUUAUUGAACGAGAUACAAGUUCAGUGGCUGUGAAUUUGCCUGUGCCCAGUGGUGUUGCAUUCCCCCCUGUAUUCCAUCGCUCACAGGGGAGACAGAGGAAGCCAACAGUAUCUGGUAAGAGAAGCAUCUUUGCCCAGGAAAUUGCAGCAAGGAGAGUGUCUGAAGCCAGUGUCCCACCAGGUAGAGGAGUUGUGUCUACUGUGGACCCCCCAGAGGGUGCUGUGACCUGUGAGUCCCUCACACCCAGGGAGAAGUAUCACCAGCUUCCAUGGGGCAGCCACAACUUCCAGGGGCCCCAUCUGGUCACAGGGAAAGGGCUCAGGGGCCAGGAGCCUGAGCAGGAAGCCCAGACCAUCCAUGAAGAGAACGUAGCAAGACUUCAAGCCAUGACUUCUGAGGAGAUCCUGCAGGAACAGCAGAGGUUGCUGGCUCAGCUCGAUCCCAGCUUGGUUGCUUUCUUGAGAUCUCACAGCUGCACCCGUGAGCAAGCAGAAGAAAAGGCCACGGAGGAGCAGAGGCCAGGAGGACCCUCUAUAGAGGUUGUUGGAAAAGAGCCCGUUAUGCUGACUUCUUCCAGUGAAGCCAGGCAGGAAGAGGAGCCGGAGCCAGGAGUCCCAGCUCUGGCACUGCCUGUAGCCCCCAACAAGGAGUGGCUGCACAUGGACACUGUUGAACUGGACAAACUCCAUUGGACCCAGGACCUGCCCCCACUCCGGCGGCAGCAGACACAGGAGAGGAUGCAGGCCCGAUUCAGUCUUCAGGGAGAGCUACUGGCUCCCGACGUAGACCUACCCACUCAUCUGGGACUGCACCACCAUGGAGAGGAGGCAGAGAGAGCAGGGUACUCCCUACAGGAGCUGUUCCACCUGACGCGCAGCCAGGUGUCCCAGCAGAGAGCGCUAGCACUGCACGUGUUGGCCCAGGUCAUCAGCAGGGCCCAGGCCGGUGAGUUUGGGGACCGGCUAGCAGGCAGCGUCUUGCACCUCCUUUUGGAUGCUGGUUUCCUUUUCCUGCUGCGCUUCUCCCUGGAUGAUAGAGUGGAUGGGGUCAUCGCGGCUGCUGUUCGAGCUCUUCGAGCUCUGUUAGUGGUUCCUGGAGAUGAGGAGCUCCUUGACAGCACCUUCUCCUGGUACCAUGGAGCUCUGGUGUUCCCUCUGAUGCCCAGCCAGCAGGACAAGGAGGAUGAAGAUGAAGACGAAGAGCCUUCAGGAGAAAAGGCAAAAAAGAAGAGCCCUGAGGAAGGAAACCGGCCUCCAUCUGACCUGGCCCGACACGAUGUCAUCAAGGGGCUGUUGGCCACCAACCUGCUGCCUCGGCUGCGCUAUGUGCUAGAGGUCACCUGCCCAGGACCUUCUGUGGUCCUUGACAUCCUGGCCGUGCUCAUCCGUCUGGCCCGGCAUUCUUUGGAGUCAGCCACAAGGGUCCUAGAGUGCCCUCGGCUGAUUGAGACUGUGGUUCGAGAGUUCCUGCCCACCAGCUGGUCCCCCAUCGGGAUAGGGCCUACCCCCAGUCUACACAAAGUACCCUGUGCAGCUGCUAUGAAGCUGCUUCGUGUCCUGGCCUCAGCUGGUAGAAAUAUUGCUGCCCGGCUGUUGAGUAGCUUUGAUCUCCGGAGCUGCCUGUGCCGCUUCAUAGCUGAGGCUCCCCAGGAACUGACCUUGCCCCCAGAGGAAGCUGAGAUGCUGAAUACUGAGGCCUUCCGUCUGUGGGCUGUAGCAGCCUCCUAUGGCCAGGGCGGUGACCUUUACAGGGAGCUAUACCCAGUGCUGAUCGGGGCCCUGCAGGUUAUGCCAAAGGAGCUCAGCGUCCACCUCCCUCAGCCCCUGUCCAUGCAACGGAUAGCCUCAUUGCUCACUGUCCUCACCCAGCUGACCCUGGCAGCCAGCAGCACUACCUGCAAACCCAGCAGUGACUCUGCUAAGGCCAGUCUGUUGGACACCCCUUCCUUGGUCACUUGGGCACAGGUGUCUGGGCUCCAACCUCUUGUGGAGCCAUGUCUAAGACAGACCUUAAAGCUGCUGCCCAGACCUGAGAUGUGGAGUGCUCUGGGCCCGGUGCCCACUGCCUGCCUCCUCUUCCUGGAUGCCUACUACCAGGCCUGGAGCCGGCAGCCGGACUUGUGCCCAGAGGAUUGGCUUCAGGACACAGAGCGCCUGUCAGAGGAGCUGCUGCUGCCCCUGCUGAGCCAGCCCGCUCUGGGCAGCCUGUGGGAUUCCCUCAGGCGCUGCUCUCUCCUCUGCAACCCACAGUCCUGUGCUCCAGCCCCCGAAGCUCUCCGCAGCCUCGUGUCACUGGGCUGCACGGGAGGUUGCCCCCCUCUCAGUCUUGCUGGUUCAGCCUCACCCUUCCCGGUCCUCACUUCCCUCCUCUGUCUUUUCAACACCCUGGCCCGGAUCCACAAGGGGCUAUGUGGCCAGCUGGCUACAGUAUUGGCUGCCCCAGGACUCCAGAACUACUUCCUCCAGUGUUUGGCUCCUGGGGCUGCCCCGCCCCUCACAGCCUUCUCAGUGUGGGCCCUACGCCAUGAGUACCACCUGCAGUAUCUGGCACUCGUCCUGGCUCAGAGAGUGGCAACACUCCAGCCAGUGCCAGCCACCAGUGCUGCCCUCCAUCAUGGCGUGGCCUUGGCUUUGCUGAGCCGGCUGCUGCCCGGAAGCGAGCACCUUGCGCAUGAGCUACUGCUGAGCUGUGUAUUCCGGCUGGAGUUUCUCCCGGAAAGAGCAGCAGGAGGCCCAGAAGCAGCAGACUUCUCUGACCAGCUAUCCUUAGGGAGCAGCAAGGACCCUGGGUGUGGGCGAGGGGUUCUGCUGGCCCAGGCCUGCCAGGACCUCCCCAGCAUUCGCAGCUGCUACCUGACCCACUGCUCACUGGCCCAGCCCAGCCUAAAAGCCUCUCAGGCCUUGUACCGAGGGGAGCUACAGCGAAUCCCAGCUCUGCUGCUCCCCUUGCCUAAGGAGCCUUUGCUGCCCACCGACUGGCCUUUCUUGCCACUGGUUCACCUCUACCACCAGGCCUCAGACGCCCCCUCAGGGGUCCCCACUGCUGAUGCUGUGGGCAUAGCCAUGCGGGCCCUGCAGUGGGUGCUAGUCCUGGAGAGCUGGCGCCCCCAGGCCCUCUGGGCUGUGCCCCCUGCUGCCCGCCUGGCACGGCUCAUGUGUGUGUUCCUGGUGGACAGCGAACUGUUCCGGGAGACCCCGAUACAGGGUCUGGUGGCAGCCCUCCUGGCCCGGCUCUGCCAGCCUGAAGUCCUACAAAAACUCAACCUGGAUUGCCCACUUCCUGGCCUGGCAUCUUUCCCUGACCUGUAUGCCAACUUCCUGGAGCAUUUUGAGGCUGUUUCUUUUGGGGACCACCUCUUUGGGGCUGUGGUACUCUUUCCCCUGCAGCGUCGGUUCAGCGUCAGCUUGCGCCUCGCCCUCUUUGGGGAGCACGUGGGAGCCUUGCGAGCUCUGGGCCUGCCUCUGACCCAGUUGCCUGUGUCCCUGGAAUGCUACACAGAGCCUCCUGAAGACAACCUGGCCCUCCUCCAGCUCUACUUCCGGGCCCUGGUGACCAGUGCACUCCGUCCACACUGGUGUCCUGUGCUCUAUGCUGUGACUGUGGCUCAUAUUAACAGCUUCAUCUUCUCCCAGGACCCAAAGAGUUCCGACGAGGUGAAGGCUGCCCGCAGGAGCAUGCUACAGAAAACGUGGUUGCUGGCAGAUGAGGGUCUCCGGCAGCACCUCCUCCACUAUAAGCUUCCUAAUUCUACCCUUCCAGAGGGCUUUGAGCUGUAUCCCCAGUUGCCCCUUCUGCGUCAGCAGUACCUCCAGAGACUGACCUCAGGGAUGCCCCAAAAUGGGGUACCGGAGACCGAGUAUAGCUGCUAUGGUUGAAGAGAUGGAUGUGUUCUCCUGGAGUUCACCAACAGAUGCCUGGCCAGAUGGAGUGCUUUCUGUCCUAAGGGAGGGCAGGAGACAGGAGCAGAAGGCUUCUCUUCCUGGAAGCAGGCUGUUUUGAGUUUUUUGGAGCAGGGUCAGGUCAGCCCUACCAUUAUAUCCUGAUACCUGGAGCUCAGAAUGUGGGCCUUCUGAGGAUUAGUCCUAGGAAUGCAGGAUGACUUAGCUGUUUAUCCCCUCUUGGGGACAAGACUCCUCUCUCCUGCUGACCCAGGCUAAGGUACAUGAACGCUAUAGCUGUGCGUUGAAAUAAAAAUUUUUCUUCUGGGA